CAUCUUCACCCCGUCUAAAUGUUUUUUUUCCUUUUCACUCCAUUUUAUUACAUUUUACUGUUGGUCUCAUUUGAUGGCGUCCGGUUACGUUUAAAUAUUUUUUACGUUUGUUUGAGCUCUAGAACCACGUACACGUCUACCUAAACUUGUCGUUAACAUUAUAAUUCCAUUGCCGGCUGGUGAAUUUCCACAGAUAAUCGGCAUUGAUGGUAAUGCAUGCGAGGAAACUUCAAAGGAUUAGUGAUGGGUAUUAUGACAAAAACCCGUCCCAUCAGUAUCAGAAUUCCAAAUAUUUAGUUUCAAAAAAUUCUAGUAGUGAUCAAAAGUAUGGCAGUGUUAGGGGAAAUGGUACCUCGUAUCCAAGUCCUGGCCGAGGAAGUCCAUCGCGAGAUCGAUCUUACUCUAGCAAAAGUUCAUAUCAUUCUCAAAAAAGUCACAGAGAUAAGGAGAGAGAUUCUCGAGACUAUAAAUCUAGGAAUAGUGAUAAAUAUUCUGAUUAUAGUAGGUCACCAAAAGAUAGAAGAAGUAGAGAUGAAUAUAGAACGAACCACGAUCGGAUUAGUCCGGAAAAAAUGGUUGUUCAUUCUGUGAAGUGGUCAAAUUCUAGGGAUUCUAGAGAUUCUAGGGAAUCUGGUCAACGAAAAGUUGUUCAUAGCUCUUGUCAGAGUAGCAGCAGUAGUAGUAAUAACCGCGAAUCCAGGUCUGGCGGAAGUUCAACUGUCACUAAAGUUGGCGAUUGGUCUGAACAUACAAGUUCUUCAGGCAAAAAAUACUAUUAUAAUUGUAAAACUGAAGUAUCUCAAUGGGAUCAGCCAAGAGAAUGGUUAGAAGCUUAUCCAGCAUCUCAACCUUCUCGAACACAAUACCACCAUGACAAACAUUCCAAUAAUUCUAUGAUGAGAUCAUCAUCAAUGAGCAAUCAUGUGAGCAAAGUUUCACAGCAAUCCUCUCAACAACAAGUUAAUUGUACAAGUAGACCAACUCACCAUCAAAAAGAUGCUUAUUGGAAUCAAAUGCGAAGUAAUAAUCUUCCAAUUAAUGUCUCGCAAUCUCAUCAUGUGUCUGAGUGUAAUGUAGAUAGGCUGGAACAGGAUGGACCAACAAUAAUAAAUUCGUGUGAUUCAUCUCAAACACAAGAUAUGGAAUUAUGUAGUGGCGACAGCACUCCUACUUCAGAAAAGUCUUUUCAGCUAUCAAAUAUACCUGCAGAAAGGCACAGUUCUUCUACUCCUCAAUCACAAGUAAAAGGAACUGAAGUUAAUAGUGAACCAUGUGAAAGAACAAAUGUUGAUGUUGGAUCAACCACACCGCCAUUAUCAAAUAUAACUCAGAAUUUAGUUGAUUCAUCAACCUCUAAUAAUGUUACUGAAAGAAGUCCACCCACUCCUGCAAGCACAGAAACUAAUAAUAUCCAAGAAGUUAAAGGGAGUCCUGUAACAAGCCAUGCAGAACAAGUUGCCCAAGUCAACAAUGUAAUGAGUUACAGACAGCUUGGAACGACAACAUCUCCAGUUGUGUCAAACUUGGUACGGGACGAUUUAACAUCACACGUUAAAACCUGGCCAGCUGAUAUUUUAGCAAAACAGGCACAAAAAUUAAAUGAAGAAGCCCAUAUAUUAGGUAGUGUACACUGUUCACGGGUAUCUGCAGAACUCAAAUAUGCAAGGUCUAUUGUUCGUUUGACUGAAGUGCAAGCAUCUUUAUUAGAACACAAGGUGUUAUUUUUACAGCAACAAAUUAAAACUUUAGAAAAAUUAAAAUCUGAAAAUUCAUUUAUGGGUGAAGGAGAUGAAGGAAGGACGACUUAAAUAUAUUAUGAUUUUAGGACCCAACUACUAAUGCAGUUUUCUAUCAGAUCUCAGCGUUAUUAUUUAUUAAUUCUAUGUAAAAAAAAAAAAAAGGAAGAUAAGCAAUUUUGUAAUAAUUAAUCUAGAACUUAAGACUGAUAGAUAUUGACAAUGAAAAUUAAUAUAAAAUUGUUGCCACCAAUUCUUUAACUAAAAAUUAUUAGAAAAAUAUUUAUUAUUAUAGAUCAAUUAAGUCACAAAAUUCAACUUUGGAAAUAAUUAAACAUUGUUCUCUGUAUACAGUAAUAAGAAAAUAAUUAUACUUAUUUUAUGUAAAACUACUAUUAAGACCCAUUAUAGAUUUAAAGUAUUUUUAUUAAGUAUUACAUUUUUAUUUUGGCCUUUGGACGUUCAUCAGAGUUAUUUGUAUAUUUUUGCAAUGUUAAGAUACUUCUUCUUUAUAUAUAAAAUACCUAAAAUUUAAUGAUUAAUAAGUCUACAAUUUUAGUAUAGUAGAUACUGAUAUUUAUACCAAAUCUAUUUAAUAGUAAUAAGAGAAAAGGUAUUUUAUUUAUAACUAUAAAGUCUGACUUAAUUAGUUAAAAACAAGUUGUAGGCAGUAUACUGUCAACUUCUUAUAAUGAAGUAAUUGCAUUUAUAUAAUUAAUUUGUAUGUUUGAUUAAAAAAAAUUCUGUUAUGUAUUUUAAUUAUAGUUUUAUCAAAACUGUAAAAAUAUUCAACUCAGACACAAUGUAUUAUAUCAAAACACAUUAUUUGAGUUAUUUUAAUUUUAAAUGUAUUACUUGAACAUCAAGUAAUUUAGGGGCAAGGUACAUUUUUGUUCAGACGUUUACCAACAAUGAAAUAAAAAUUUUGCUGAUAUUACAUUGAAGAUUGGUUUCUAACUAAUUAUGUUACUUUGGCACCAUUAAUAUUAACCGUCAUUGAAAUUAUAUAAGAUAAAUAAUGAACGUCUGUCAGGUCCAAUAUUUUGUCGCAUUAUUUAUUUUAAUUAAUUUAGAAAAGAUAAUAUAACAAAAAAAAAGGGUGUAUAGAUAUAAACUACUUAUUAUUAAGUUUGAUAAUGUUAAAAAGAUCUUACUUUAAACGAGUUUUUUUAAUUGUUUUAUAAGAAUUAUAGUAAUUAAUAACAUAUUAUUUAAAUAUUUUCCCAUUUCUCGCAUAUUUUUUUAAAUUAAAAUCAACAGUUUAAACUUAAUUUAUGUUUAUCUAUCUAUACACUACUUUUCAUGCGCACAAGCUCUGCUUGUUUCAUACACAAUUUGUGAACCAUAAGAAUCCAAAGAGUAAUUCUAUAAAUAAAUUAUGUUCCGAGUUCUAACUAUAAAUCAUAAUCAGAAUGAUAAUAAUUAUGUAUACUUACCUAAGUUCUGUGUAUUAAAUGUAUUUUUUCCUUUUGUACA